CUCUCUGGGCCAGAGGGUGGAGGGGAGCAGAAAUUGCCUUUCCAGGGUUCGCGGAAGGAACAUCUGCCCUAAUGUAGAUUAAUUUCCCCGAGGUUGCCUUCUCUGGGGCGGAGGGGCGUUCCCGGGCCCACCCAAGGGUUGUUUGGUAAAUAAAGAUGCUUGCGGAGUACCUGCCCCGGGAAAGGCGCUCCUGAAUGUUCUGGCCCUGUGCUUGGGGUUUCUUGAGUGAAGGACCAAGUGACCUGGCGGUUGAAGGUUCUCGCCCCAGGGAUGCUGGAAGGACUGCCCUUUACCCUGCGCCUGGCCCUGGCUGGGGGCCCCUGGCGGUGGCGGCCGGCUCCGAGCGGUCGAUGCGCUGGGGUUUGGCCGCGCCGCGGGCUUUCGCGUCCAGCCGGGCGCUGCGUGCCGCCGCGGCUCUCCGCAGCCGCGCGCUCGGGGAGCCUUUCCAUGGCCAGCCCGCGCCCUGUCGCCUCCGCCGCCGCGGCAGUCUUCGCCCGCCAGGACUGCAAUAACGGAUGCUCCGCAGAAUAUACGGAAGAAGGAGGAUCAAAAGAGGUGGUGGACACUUUUAAGGCUAAAGAUCUAAUAAUUACACCAGCCACUGUUUUAAAAGAAAAACCAGACCCCAAUACUCUGGUUUUUGGAACCGUUUUUACGGAUCACAUGCUGACUGUGGAGUGGUCCUCAGAGUCUGGAUGGGAGAAACCACAUAUCAAGCCUCUUCAAAACCUAUCCUUGCAUCCAGGUUCAUCGGCUUUCCACUAUGCAGUGGAAUUAUUUGAAGGAUUGAAGGCCUUUCGGGGAGUAGAUAAUAAAAUUCGGUUGUUUCGGCCAAACCUCAACAUGGAUAGAAUGUACCGAUCUGCUAUGAGGGCAACUCUGCCGGCAUUUGACAAGGAAGAGCUUUUAGAGUGUAUUCAACAGCUUGUGAAAUUGGAUCAAGAAUGGGUCCCCUAUUCAACAUCUGCAAGUCUCUAUAUUCGUCCUACGUUCAUUGGAACUGAGCCUUCCCUGGGAGUCAAGAAGCCUACGAAAGCCCUGAUCUUUGUAAUCUUGAGCCCGGUGGGACCUUAUUUUUCAAGUGGAAGCUUUAAUCCAGUGUCCCUGUGGGCCAAUCCGAAGUAUGUCAGAGCCUGGAAAGGUGGGACUGGGGACUGCAAGAUGGGAGGGAAUUAUGGCUCAUCGCUUUUUGCUCAAUGUGAAGCAAUCGAGAAUGCAUGCCAGCAGGUUCUGUGGCUCUAUGGAGAGGAUAAUCAGAUAACUGAAGUUGGAACUAUGAAUCUUUUUCUUUACUGGAUAAAUGAAAAUGGAGAGGAAGAGCUGGCAACUCCCCCGCUAGAUGGCAUCAUUCUUCCAGGAGUGACGAGGCAGAGCAUUCUGGACCUGGCACACAACUGGGGUGAAUUUAAGGUGUCAGAGAGGUACCUCACCAUGGACGACUUGACCACCGCCUUGGAGGAGAGCCGGGUGAGGGAGAUGUUCGGUUCGGGUACCGCCUGCGUUGUUUGCCCAGUUUCGAAAAUACUGUACAAGGGUGAGACUAUACACAUUCCAACUAUGGAGAAUGGUCCUAAGCUUGCCAGCCGUAUCUUGGAAAAACUGACUGAUAUUCAGUAUGGAAGAGAAGAGAGCGACUGGACAAUCCUAGUGUCCUGAGUGGAAAAUAACAGGACAUCAUCUGUGUGCUAUUGGGACAGACUGUUGCAUUUGAAUUAUGAGAAACUUCUUCAGCGACUUGUUUUUAGUUGUGCACAAUGUGGUUUGUAUUAUCAGUGUCACCAGGGUGAUUGUUUCCUCCUGCCAGAGAAAACAAAUUACAAUCAUCCAAUGGUACUUUACCAACUGGCUCGUAGAAGCUUACCUUACCUUCUCUAGAAAGAUGAUUAUGUAAGCCAUAUAAGCAUAGACUUUUCCUCCAUAAUCUUAGUGCCUCCUUUAGUACCUCACUCAGAUUAAAAAAUAAAAUGGUUAUUCUUUAGCAUAGAUAUUCUGCUCCUCAACCAAAUGAAGUUUGUGUUAGAAAACUGAGCUGAGUAAAUUUCAUAGGUAACAUCUUCUGCAACACAUCUUUAUCCUCAGAAAGUUUUUUGUUACUGUUGUUUUGGUUAUUUUAUUUCUUUUUAGGGCUGCACUUUCAGUGUGUGGAAGUUCCCAGGCUAGGGGUCUAAUUGGAGCUGCAGCUGCCAGCCACAGACAUGUGGGAUCUGAGCCUUGUCUGCGACCUGCACCACUGUUCACAGCAAAGCUGGAUCCUUAACCCACUGAUUGGGGCCAGGAUUUGAACCCAUGUCCUCGUGGUUACUAGUUGGGUUCGUUACUGCUGAGCCACAGUGGGAACUCCUGGUUUUUUUUUUUUAAAUCAAGACUUUGAGAACCUGGAUUUCUUCUCCUUACAUUUUUUUCCAGGCCCCUAUGUCCAUUUUAGGGAAAAUCUCCCUUCCUGAUGUCAUAGUCUGUGCCAAGCUCUUCUGGGGCAUCAGCAAGCCCCACCACUGCCCUCUGCACAUUGCGUUAUAAUUGGCUGCUAGGCUUCCCUACAAGAUUGAGGGUCUUGUGCCUUAUAGAUCUUUGUAUCUCCCUGCCUGGCACAUAAUAAGGAAUGAAUGAGCAUUUGCCUUCUCGAGAAGUGUACCUUCUUUGUUUCUAUAUUGUGUGACCUCUUUAUUAGAAUGUUUGUUUUCUUCUGACUUUCUAUUUACCUCAUAUCGUCUUUAUUUUCCAUAGACUGCUAAAAGUCAUUAGAGAUAGUGACUAAUGGUAGUCAUAGUUUGUUGGAGGAAUUAUUUCUUAUUUGAAGACUGUCUGGGAUUGAAAUAGCUCUUGAGAGGUUAUGAUAUUGUACCCACCAAAUGGAAAUGACAUAUGUUAAGUGUUAAAUACAAAAUAAAUUAUAUUUAGUUUUUUGGUAGACAGCAACAAAGUAUAGACUCUGGUUUUUAUGCUGUGAUUUUAUAGGUGCUCAUUUCUGCUGAAUGGUUAGGGUACAGGGAGAAAAAUGAUAGGUGAUAUUUUCCUUGUUUAGGAGCUGUGAGUUAAAAUUGUAUCCUGGUUUAUCUAGGGGAAAGUCAAAUCUUGAUAGAAAACAUUUACCCUUGAAAGGUCAACGCUCAGACAUUAUGUUUUGGUUUCCUUCAGUCUUAGUAACUUUCAUCUUGCUGAUCAUAUUUCAUUCUCUUUUCAGAGCAAGGAAAAAAAUUCUAAAAGUUUGACAUGCUGGAAAAAUUUUCCUUCAGGCAUUUAGCAGCACAUAGCAAAUGGGGCUUUGAUUCUUUUCCAAGACUUUUGGCCAUAGGGUCUUUUUAGAUAGGAAUGGUAAAAUGAAAAUGAGGGAGGUACAAGAUGAAAAGGAAUGGUAAAAAUAUCUUUUAGGGGGCUUUUAAUUGGUGAUCUGAUGUCUUGGGAGAGUCUGUUCUUUUCAGGACUGAAAAUCUUUCACUGUGCUCUACACACCUUUGUUCACCAAGUAGCAUUCUCAAUGCGAUGCCUUGGCUAAAUCCUGGGACCUUACUUUCAGUACUGUAGUCUAGAAAAGACCUAAGGUAAUUCUGACCUGUCCAGCAGCACAUAAUAACCAGACUCAGCAUUCCUGUGAGAAAUGGAAAUCAUUUUUUUUGCCACAAAUACAUUUUAUCCUUUGCAUCUCUAAAUUUAGUAUGGCGAGUCUUCCUUAUGAAAGGUGGAGAACAAUAGGUCCUAACAUGGUGUUCAUGUGGUUUCUUUCAUCAAACCUUAGCAUUUUAAGCCCUUCCUACCUGACUUAGUGAAGACGAAGGAUAUACAUUUAAAGAAACUGAAGGUCUUCUAAAACAGCAUACAAUCUGCCAUUCUCCUUUAAGUAAUAAGACAGGAAAUUGACCUUGACACUAACUUGUUAAAUAGAUUUAAAAGGAACAUCUGCACAUCUUUUUUCCUUGUGCACUAUUUGUUUAAUUGCAGUGAAUUAAUACAGCAAGAGUGACACAUUAUAACUAGGCAAUUAUCCAUUCUUCAAGACUUAGUUAUCGUAACACUAAUUGAUCAUUUAAGGCGUAAGAUAGUCUAGCAUUAGGAACAUGUGAGGCUAAUCUGCUCAAAAAGAUCAACAAAUUAAUAUUGUUGCUGAUAUUUGCAUAAUUGGCUGCAAUUAUUUAAUGUUUAAUUGGGUUGAUCAAAUGAGAUUCAGCAAUUCACAUGUGCAUGAAUAUAAACAGAACUGGUGGCACUUAAAAUGAUAAUGAUUAACUUAUUUUGCAUGUUCUCUUCCUCCCACUUUUUUUUUUUUCCAGUUUUUACAUUUCAGACCAAGUUUGUCAGCCUUUUUCAAAACACAUCAGUAGAAACCAAGAUUUUCAAACGAAGCAUUCAGGCAUUAGACAAAACCUGAGCAUUUCACAAAGAUAUUUCCUAAAGCUGUUCGCUAGUAGAAAUUUUCUUUGUGACAGUCAUUUAUCCAGGAUUAACUCACAAUACACCAAAAGGUCCAUUUCAGGGCUGUGUACUGUGCUCACAACACCUGCAGUUGACAGGAAUGACUCAACUAGUAAUAACCUGUUUUAACCUUUGCUUGCAAAAGUGCAAGGAAGAGGAACAGAGUCAAACAAUGAAUGACUGAGAAACCUUUUUAGGGAAUCCCCUUUUUUUCUACCUGGUCAAACCCCCCCCCCUUUUUUUUUGUAAUGACUACAUAUGAAAAAUACAUAAGUCCCUGGGCCAGGAAUUGAAUCCAAGCCACAGCUGCAACCUACUCCACAGCUAUAGCAACACCAGAUCCUUUAACCCACUGUGCUGGGCAAGGGAUCGUAUCCACGCCUCAGCAGCAAUCUGAGGAGCCACUGUGCCGCAGCAGGAACUCCAGAUACUCUCUAUUCUUUUCUCAAAAGAUUGUCACCAGAAUAAAAAAGAUCAGAGGUAACAGCAAGACAGUGCAGUGUUAAACUGACUAUAUGACUUGGCAGUGUCAGCCAUCCUGAAGAUGUGGGAAGCUUACAUGAUGUACCCUGGGUGGUAAUUCCUCAUCACAUCAGUUUUGUUUCUUGAUGUAAUUGUAGCCAAAGUAGUGGUCUAGUGUUCCUCAAAUCGGAGUACGUUUGGGGACUUGAAGGAAAUGAAUGAGUUUAUCUUGAUCAAAAGACUCGUAGGAACCUUUUAUUAAAGCUGCAGUUUCAGCUCUGCUUUAUGGAGUUUGCUAUAAAAUUAUAGCUGCUUAUGCUUAUUUUCCCCAGUCUCACUUGGUGCUCAAUCACUGUAUUCCUUUUCUUUAAAACUUUCAUUUUUGAAAUUAUGUGUUUGGUUUACCCUUAUGAUUGGGAAAAAAAAUCUAUUUUAAGCAGAAAACAGCAUUCAUUCACUUUCAAUGAAUGAUAUUUUCUAGACUAUUUAGAGCAAUAAAUAUUCCUGUGAUGCACUAAAGCUUAGACGGGGUUAGAGAAACAUUUUAACAAGGAUUCCUGAUUUCAUAUCCUGAUUCUAAAUAUGAUCAAAGAAUUAUUCCUUGUAUUGUGGAUUUCUUCUGUGGAUGUGGGAAAACUUUUUAAGUUAUAAAAAGCAAUCCUGAGAAGUAAUUUUAAUAGAUACCUUAUAACACCUAUCACAUUGUUUCGCCACUAGUAGAAUUUGUUCACCUGUCUUUUCCAGAUAUCUCCUAAAAGGAGGCAAGGAAUAUUACCCUUUCAAUAAGUAUGAUUUAGUAAUUGACAAAGAUCAGAGCGAUUAUAAUUAACUCAGUCAACUUGAUAAAUGCUGAUCAAGUAACCCACAGAUCUGUGUCUCACGUAACUCACAGUAGGGAUUAGGAAGUUAGUGUUAGAAAGUAAGUAGUAUGUAGACAUCACCCUCCUGGAGUUUAUACUCUCCUACUGAAACCAAGUUUAGGUAUAAAAGUAGUAUUUAAUACAGUUAGGUCAUAAGGAGACAAAGUUUCAAUUCCUUUCUUUCCUCUUGUGCAAAGCUACUCAGUAGAUUAGGGUUAUUGGUGUGGAUUACCUCCUGGUUUACUGCUUACUGCCAACCUGUUAUGUUUAUUAACUGCGUUCUUGUGGAACAAUGUGAAGUUGUCCUGGUACAUCUAACAAAAGAACACCUCAAAUUACAGCAUCCUUGCUGAUCUUCUCAAAGUCUGGUAUUAUUGAAAUAAACAAAGAAAAUGUUCCUAGAGUGAGUUUUUCUGGAAAAUAUCUAUUAUGAAUCAAACUGUUUAGACUGUUAGCUUGAAAAUGAUGGAUACAGCUACACAGAAAAAAGCAGGUGGAGGAGAGUUUUUCACAGUUUGAGUUUUUUAAAAGAAAGGCCAUUGAAAGUAUUGCAAAGAGAUUCUUUAUCAUUGCCAGAAAGCUCUUUUAAAAAUACAAAGGUAGAGGAAAUUGAUUUAUUUUUCAUCUUCACCAUACGUACCAUAGUAAGACAUCUCAGAUAUUAAUUUCAGGAGUUGAUAAAGAAACAUAUCAAUAGGAUAUAAAAGUGUUUGUUGAUAAGUCUCUGGGAUUAGAUAUAUGUGAACAUAUUUGCCCUAGUGCAAUGAUAAAGGCGUGAAAUCCAGUCUUAGAAAAUGAAGUGGGCUUUAAAAUCUGCUAGAGACAAAUAUUGAAGCUUUAAAUAAUCACUGUAUACUUUUUGUCUGAAAGUAUAUUUUUCAUACCACAAUAGGCAUGAUUAAUAAGGCCUAACGCUUGUGUGGCAUAAUGUGGAAUCCAUUCUUGGGAUGGUAAAAAUUGUGAGCUAUGAUAUGGGAGUGAAUUAAAAUGUAUUUUCAUUGACAAAUUUCUCUACCUAUCCACUAGCACAGUGGCUUGGUUCCUUGUCACCCAAUUGAGUGGAGAAGAUUUUAAUUAGAAAAGACGUCAGAGGAAGAACAACUGGUAAUAGGGAAAGGAAGGAAAAAAUUCAACCUUGCUUCUGUGUAGUUCAUGGGAGUGUUUUUUUCUCCUUAUUCUGCCAUCCAUAGAGAUCUUCAGCUUUCAACAUAGGCGCCAAGUCCAAAUAAUGCCAAUUAGGAUGUGACUAAAUAUGGUGGCCCACUCAUCAGAUAUUAGGAUUCAGACAUGAUUGAUAUAAGGAUCUGACAGUCAUGUUACAUGGAAACCACUUUAGAUUGCUACCAGUUUGGUUAAGACUUUAAUAAUUGCAUGGUCUAUAAGAUCUAUUAUGUCAUUUCUUUAACAUUUUUAAAGUGUAGGGAGCUUCUUGAGGCUGAAGAAAAGAAGGAAGUGGCAAAGAAUAGAUUGUGAUUGCUUUUUGUUCUUGGAAAUACUAUUUCCCACCCUCCCCCUGUCCUUGGCAAAGGUUAGCAGAUUUGGAAAUUGAACAUUGUCAUUUCGUUUUUAACUAAAAUGUGCAACAACAUGUUGCAGUUUCCUCAAGCUGAUUUCACAGUGGUCAUCAAAGUCAUUCUCAGGGCAAGAAAAGGAUGUACAUAAGCUGCCUCAGUUUCUGCUUCAUUGCUAAGUUUUUGAAGAGUGUUGGAAUGCUCUCAAGAGUAUGGCUGUAAGGAGAUUUUGAAUGAAGUCUUAAAGAUAAGCGAGCUAAUCUGUAUGCAUCUAGAAAUUCUGCAGCUGUAAGGAGAUUUUGAAUGAAGUCUUAAAGAUAAGCGAGCUAAUCUAUAUGCAUCUAGAAAUUCUGCAGCUGAUCCCUCAUGAUAUACAGUAGUGAAAGAUCCAGCAAUUUACCUAAUUAGCCAAUACAUUGAGCCAAACCCCACCAUUCUGAAGAAUGUGUGCUUACUUGAUAUGGUAGCAGAGAGAAAACAAGUAGUUUGAGGAAGUAAUUUUUUUUUUUUUUAAUGUAUUUUUUCGGCCACUCCUGCACCAUGCAGAAGUUCAAAGGCCAGGGAUCAAACCCUCACCACAUCAGUGACAGCAUUGCAUCCUUAACCCAAUAGGCCAUCAGGGAACUCCCAAGGAAGUAGGUUUUAAAUCAGAGUUUAUAAACAGCAAUGGGAGGGAUUCAGCUUAACUAUGGAAUUUUUAGACUGUGUUCCCUUGCAUUUAAGUCAGAUUGUAAUGAAAAAGCCCCAGCCAUUGCUUAUGUCAAAUUUCUCUAGUUGUGUAGUGAUUCUUGAAAUCAUCGUUAAGAAUAAUCAAGCAGAAAGAAAGAAACACUUUGUAUUAAAGCAGGCUUGGCUUUCAUGAAAAAUUAAUUGUUCAAAGGUUACGUUAAGGAUUCAAGCUCACUGAAAGUAUAAUAUUGGAAAUGUGGAAAAUAUGGUGGGUAAAGGAAACUACCUCAUUCUUUGAAGGUUCUAUAGAAGCACAAUUAAGCAUUCUAAAAUGGCUUUGUUACACAUGAACCAUCUGUGUGAAAGAACUCUAUAUUUGUAAUGUCUAAAGGACUUGGAAUAAUUGUAUUUUGCUGGCAAUAGACACGUGCUUUAUUGUUUGCAGGUUCCUCAUCAAAUCUUUAAUUAUACACUGUUUCUGUCAUCAAUAAAACAAUUUAAAGGAUUCCUGUUUGUGUAGGUUCUUGAAAUUGACAUUGUCGAAGGCAUAAAAUAAUGCAUAAUUACCAUUUUUGUGAUGUUCUGAAGGUUUCGGUCAUGGGAUGUGAAUGUGCUGUGGUAUUUUUAAACCGGAAUGACAUUGAGAGAAGGAAUUGAGCGUGCCAGAAAGAUCUGAAACCGUACAUCUGGAUAGAGUCUAAAUAUGUCUCAUAUUUUCGAACAUGUGGAUAAGAAAUGCAGUGGGCAUUUAAGAAUUGUCCUUUCCCCUGGGUAUGGAUCCGUCUUUAGGAAAAUUUAGCUUUGUCUUUUGCAUUUUGAACAGAAUAAAGGCAAUGAUUACUUCUUUCCA